AUGGCGUCCUCAUUCCCCCUGACCCCGGGGAAUACUCUUGACCGAUCUGCCCCCGCCCCUCCUAUCCCUCCUUGGCCGUUUAAACUCCAUCAACCCUCCAUCACCCUUCCCCCCAUCUCCAACCUCAUCCAAUACACCCCCUCACCUCUCCCGCGUUCGGGCCCUGUCCCCACGGUUCUCCCCGUGCCGCCCCCCGCCAACACCAACCCCACUCUUCCCUCCCUCUCCCCUUUCCAGUUUGAUUUGCUGACCCGCCAUGACGCUUUCUACCCCAUCUCGUCCACACCGGUGGCCGAGCGACUUUCCGCCUCUCCCCCUGCGCCCAACCCCGCGCCUGCCAUGUAA